AUGACUGCCCUCUCUGCCAUUGCCCGCGCUGCCCGCCCCGCCACCCGCGCCGUCCCCCGCCCGUCCCUCUCCCUCGCCGCCGCCCGGGGCCUGCACUCGCUGCCCCAGCUCGACUACGCCUAUGACGCGCUCGAGCCGCACAUCUCGGCCCAGAUCAUGGAGCUCCACCACAGCAAGCACCACCAGGCCUACGUGAACGGCCUCAACGCCGCAGAGCAGUCCUAUGCCCAGGCGCCCUCGCCCAAGGACCAGAUCAGGCUCCAGCCUGCGCUCAAGUUCAACGGCGGGGGGCAUAUCAACCACUCGCUGUUCUGGAAGAACCUCGCGCCGCAGAGCGCCGGCGGGGGUGAGCUCGCGCCGGGCCCGCUCAAGGACGUGCUCGUGGCGGACUUUGGCAGCGUCGACGCGUUCAAGAAAAAGGUGAACGCUGUCACCGCCGCCAUCCAGGGCUCCGGCUGGGGCUGGCUCGGCUACAGCCCCGACACCAAGAAGCUCGAGGUCGUCACCACCGCCAACCAGGACCCGCUCCUCACGCACGUCCCCAUCAUCGGCAUCGACAUCUGGGAGCACGCCUUCUACCUGCAGUACCACAACCUCAAGGCCGACUACCUCACGGCGAUCUGGAAUGUCAUCAACUUCAAGGAGGCCGAGCGCCGCUUCGUCGAAGCGAGCAAGCAUAUGUGUCUAUACAGCAGCUGCGUCGUCCCUCGCGUCAUCCCCACUCCUUCGGCGCAAGUAUCAGGAGCGAACAUCGCCGUCGCGCGCGGCCCCGCCGGCACUCGUCCCCCCUCGCGCCCCGCGGAACCCCACCCGUUCGCACCCACCCCGCUCAUGCUCUACGUACAGACACGCGACUACGCGCUGCGGGACCAGCACGCACACGACCGCGCCCCGACGAGCGCAGCCUGGGGUCCCGGAUUCGCGGAGUCGGGCUGCGAGCUGCGUGUGGACGGGCGGGUGAGUGGUACGGGGCGGGUGCGGAUAGGGGAGACGGCGCGCCUGAGAUCGGAGAAGGCAGCUCGAGCUGCUGGGGAAGGGGGAGACAGCCCAGGGGAGGGGCCCGCGCUCAGGGCUGCGUCGGGCUUUGGGACCGGUGCGGCGCUGGGCGUGAGAUGUGAGGUCCCGACGACCCCACCGCCGGAGCCUUCAGGCCUCCCCUGUCGCCUCUCCAUCCUCGUUCCUGGCAGAUAUUUGACUGAGAUCGAGCUGCACACCUGCCCGUGCGCAUCGUAG